GGGGAUCUAAAGCCGCGGUGCCCUUUGCCUGCUCCCAGAUGGCAAAGUUGCGGAGCCGGGAUCAGGCUGUGUCAGAAACACCGCCUUCGCCACGUUAGAGCCCCAUGUCCGCGGCGCAGGGCACCCACGAGUAGGAUUUAUGAAUGGCCGGCGGCAAGUGCUAGCAGGGUCCCCGGGCUGUUCUGCGCCAGCGUGUGGCUCAGGAGCGGGACUCGGAGCUGGCAGCUGCAGCGAGGUCCCAGGUCCCCGGUCGCGUUUCACCGCCGAGCAGGGAGGGUGCCGAGCCUGCCCCCCUCCCCCCGUGGGGAGGGGAGAGCCGAGGACUACCCCUGCGGCAGGGGCACCGGCAGAGCGCCCCUGUGAGCACCGCCAGCCGCUCUCUCUGGGAGGUGGUUCGGGCAAACGGGACCUUUAGAGGUGAGCCUUGCUUGGCAGAGGAACUCGGCUUAGAUCGGCGCUGCCGAGUGUUAGGAAUCUACGGGGAGAGUGGAGAGCUGCGCCCGGCAGGAGGAUCCAUCAGAUCCCCAUCAGCAGCCUCCGGAGCGGGGCUGGCGGCAGACCAGAUCUGGCAGAUAGUGAAUAUGAGGACUUUGCUGACUUCAGAAAGCUGACAGAAGCCAACAGACUUCAGUGAAAUACACCUCCAAGCACAGACUUUUGGUAGCUUCAAAGUAACCUGUGGUUCGUUUGCAAAGACAUGGCUACUGGUUCUUUCAGCACACAUGGAGGAAGACAACAAACAUUGUAAUCCUGGCUCAUAAGACUGUGUUUUCCUUAUCAGAAGUAGGAGGCAGGCCAAUUAUAAAAGGAUUAUUUUAUGCUUCGCCUCCAGGACUUUAACUCUGGCCUGAACACUGGACAAAAAAUUUUAAUGACCUGAGAUUUUGUUACCUGUGCAUUGUUAUUGUUAUCAGUUCUUAAACACUUUGGUACUUUAUUUCUUUAAAUUAGACAUGGGUUUGUGGACUAAAAUGUGGCCCACAGAUUGGGCUCUUCUGAUGAAAUCAUGGCUUAUCUUUUCCCUGGGGCUCUACAUACAGGUCUCCAAAACUUUGGCCUGCCCAAAAGUUUGCCGCUGUGACCGAAACUUUGUCUACUGUAAUGAACGAAGUUUGACCUCAGUGCCUCUUGGGAUACCGGAGGGUGUAACCGUCCUCUACCUCCAUAAUAACCAAAUUAAUAAUGCUGGAUUUCCUGCAGAGUUGCACAAUGUCCAGUCUGUGCACACAGUCUACCUGUAUGGCAAUCAAUUGGAUGAAUUCCCCAUGAACCUGCCCAAGAAUGUCAGGGUUCUCCACCUGCAGGAAAACAACAUUCAGACCAUUUCACGUGCUGCUCUUGCUCAGCUUUUGAAGCUGGAAGAACUGCACCUGGAUGACAACUCCAUCUCCACUGUUGGCGUUGAGGAUGGGGCAUUCCAGGAAGCCAUCAGCCUCAAGCUUCUGUUCUUGUCCAAGAAUCACUUAAGCAGUGUGCCAGUAGGCCUUCCGUUGGACUUACAAGAACUUCGUGUAGACGAAAACCGAAUUGCUGUCAUUUCAGACCUGGCCUUCCAGAAUCUUACAAGUCUGGAGCGUCUGAUCUUGGAUGGCAAUCUCCUCACUAAUAAAGGCAUAGCUGAAGGCACUUUUAGUCACCUCUCCAAGCUCAAGGAAUUCUCAAUAGUUCGGAAUUCACUGACUUACCCUCCUCCCGAUCUUCCAGGUACACAUCUGCUAAGACUUUACUUGCAGGACAACCAGAUAACCCACAUACCACUUACAGCCUUUUCAAACCUCCACAAACUGGAACGUCUUGAUAUUUCCAACAAUCAACUUCGGAUGUUGGCAAAGGGAGUAUUUGAUAAUCUCCAUAACCUGAGACAACUCACUGUAAGGAAUAAUCCCUGGUUAUGUGACUGCAGCAUUAAGUGGGUCACUGAAUGGCUCAAAUUUAUUCCAGCUUCCAUCAAUGUACGUGGUUUUAUGUGCCAGGGACCAGAGCAGGUCCGAGGUAUGGCAGUCAGGGAGCUCAAUAUGAAUAUGUUGUCAUGCCCCACCACCACCCCUGGUCUACCACUUAUUAUCACCCCAGUCCCAGCUACAACCAUGCCGACUACAUUAGUUCCCAGCCCAUCAUUUCCUCCCUCAAGUAGUAAAUAUAAUCCUCUCACUCCCAUCAUAGCCACACUCCCCACUGUGCCUGACAGGGAGGACAGAGAAAGGGUGACACCUCCUUUGUCUGAAUGGAUUCAGCUCUCCAUCCAUUUUGUGAAUGACACUUGCAUCCAAGUCAACUGGAUGUCACUUUUUACCGUGAUGGCAUACAAGCUCACAUGGGUUAAAAUGGGCCAUAGUCUGGUCGGAGGAAUUGUUCAUGAACGAAUAAUUAGUGGUGAGAAGCAGCAAUCAAGCUUGGUAAAUCUGGAGCCCAAAUCCACUUACCGGAUUUGUUUGGUUCCCCUGGAUACUUAUAACAACUACCGGACUGGAGAAGACACUGUCUGUUCAGAAGCCACAACCAAGGCUUCCUUUUUCAAUGGCAGCAACAUCCCUUCCAGCCAUGAGCAGACGACUUCUCAGAAUCUGGGCUCCCCAUUUCUGCUGGCAGGGUUGAUUGGGGGUGCAGUGAUAUUUGUCCUCGUGGUCUUGCUCAGCAUUUUUUGCUGGCACAUGCACAAAAAAGGUCGUUACACCUCCCAGAAGUGGAAAUAUAACCGGGGCCGUCGGAAAGACGACUACUGUGAGGCAGGGACCAAGAAGGACAACUCCAUCCUGGAGAUGACGGAAACCAGCUUCCAGAUUGUCUCCUUAAAUAAUGAUCAGCUCCUUAAAGGAGAUUUCAGACUGCAGCCCAUUUAUACCCCAAACGGGGGCAUUAACUACACAGACUGCCACAUCCCCAACAACAUGCGAUACUGCAACAGCAACGUCUCAGACCUGGAGCACUGUCAUACGUGAUAGUGAGGGACCAUGGGGGUCUCUAGGACAAGGAGAAAAAACUCUAGAAAAAAUAUGCCCCCCAAGAAUAAUGAAAAAAAUUACAUUUGAUAAAUGUUAUACAGAUGCAUUUAUGCAUUUGAAUACUCUGUAAUUUAUACGGUGUACUAUAUAAUGGGAUUUAAAAAAAAGUGCUAUCUUUUCUAUUUCAAGUUAAUUGCAGAUGGUUUUGUAACUCUUUGCUUUUUAAAUCUUUAAAAACUAUUGCUGAGUACUGUACAGGGUUGUACAAUAAGAACCCAAUGUCAUGGCAAUGGAAAGAAUGACUCAUUCUUCAAACAUUAACCACUUUGCUGUCGAAGCAGUCUGAGGGAUGUUAAGUUUCUAGGUGUCCUGGAAUACAGGAAAAUAAGUGCAUAUUAAAACAGGGUCACUAGGAACAGACAAAAGCAAUUCAGAUAAAAUGGGCACAAUCCUUCUGACAUGAACCCAGCAGUUGCUGUUGAGCUUCAAACAAUUAGAAAUACAUCCCUUCCUCUUUGUCAGGUCUGCACUUCUCACCUCCAACUGAGAGCUGGAGUUCUGAGAGCUGCCAAAAAAGCUACUCUCUUGUUUGAUUAGUUUUCUUUCAAUCUACUUGGAAUAGGAAACAUGGAAAGAACUCAGUGUCAAACUCAAAGUGACCUUGAUUCCUAUUUGCAAAAGUUACUCCGAAAAUGUCCCCAAUGCUACAUACUUUAUCUCAGAAACUGUUUGUGCUUUUCAUUAGGAUUAAGAAGCUUUAGGUGUUCUCUGACCCUUCUCAGUGAGAGGUGAAGGUUGUGUAAGAAUAUGUAACAGAGAGCUGUCAUUAAGUUGCACCUCUUAAUAGAGCAGCAUUUGUUGACAUAGCAUGUUCAGGUAAAGCCAGAAUGAGGGAAAUUCUGAGUGCUCCCAGCUCUGCGGUAUUCAUGUGCAUGUUCAUGUAAUCUGAAAUCAAAUAGUGUGUAUUGCUGAAAACAUGGUGCAAAAUAUAAUGGAAAUGGAAAGGUUUUGCUAAUAAUUUGUAUGGUUCAAGCCUUGUUUGACUUAAGGGCCUGAAUUAUGUUCAGUAUGGUGAAAUAGGGGGAAAAAAGACAAAAAGGGAAAACAAACAAGAAAUAUAUUGUAAAAAAUUAUUUAGUAUUGGGAAGACCUCGAGGGCUUUAUAAACUGAAAUAUCUUCAGUGGGGAAAAUCAUGUACAAAUCUUUGUGCGUUUUGUUUGUUUGUUAGUUUUGCUUUUUUUCCUUCCCAAUUAAAGUAUACAGAGACUGACAUUAGCUAAGCAUUUGAUUGACUGGGAAAUUUUGAGAACACAGGCACACAGUGUCCCUCUGAAUUACCCUUCUUUUACCUUAAGCAUUUUCAAGUUUUCCAUAAUGAUUUCUGCUUCACAAGCAAUAGUCUGCUUCACAAGCAAUAGCUGGGUUUAGAAUUUGCUUUUUCAUAUCCUCAGAUUCUUCUCAGUCCUUGAGCUUUACAUGCACUAUGCAAAAUAUCAUGCUUGUAUUAAAACCAUAAUGCAGCUCUCAAAAUUAUGUAAUAUUUCAGCCACUCUGGUAACUCAGUGACUGCCAAGAACUGUGGUGGAGUCUCAUUAUUUAGGGGUUUUCAGUUUGCUUAUUUAAUGUAGCUAAUUUUCUCCUGAGUUUGGGUACAAGCUGAAACUACAUCACAUAGGGGAAAAAAGAAAAAAAAACAAAAAAGAAAAAAGAUAGAGACAAAACUUCCCUGUGGUAGUAGGGAACCAAAGAGAGAAAGUUUUACAGUGAUCACCUAAGGAUAGACAGAAAGUUGCUGCAUGUGGAUUGGAAGUAAAAGCUGAAGCACUUUCAUGGUGGAAUGCUCAGACUUUCCAAUUUAUGAAGCUCCUUUUGCUGGAAGAGAAGGUUUUAAUCCUUUCCUUCACUCAUUUCACUCAACCCAUGCUUGAAACUCAGCCGUCUAUGAGCAUGUAUUUUCUGUAAUUCAGAUCACAUGAUAACACUAAUUUUCUGCAAUGACAAAACAAACCCAGUUAUGAUUGAUGGCAAAGUAUGACCAUUUUGUAAGGAAUCACAUCCUGCCACCAACACCUUUUAAAAAAAUCACAUUUUGAAAUUACAGUCUAAUUUCUAUAUAUUAGCUAUUUUCUCCAGAUAUAGCGGGUAUUCCAAGCAACCUUGUGGCUACUGUAAUAGUUAAGUCACUACAAUUUUGCAGAUUAAAAGUUUACCAUAUGAUUUCAAAUAGCAUAAUUCUCGGUAGAAAUGUCUAUGCGAAGUGGAUGGGUUUUUUCUGUUAUCUAUUUACCAAUAACAAGGUUUAUACUUUUGGGCUUUGGUUUUGAUGGUUUCUUUGGUUUUUUUUUUUAUU